AUGACAUUCCUGUACUCAAAAGUCCUCGUCAUUGGGGCUACCUCAGGUAUCGGACUGGCCUUAUCAGAAAAGUUGGUGAAUGAAGGACAUAAGGUCAUCGUGACCGGCAGACGUAGGGGUAAUCUCGACGAGUUCGUCCAGAGGCAUGGAAGCGACAAGGCGGAUUCUGAGGUCUUGGAUAUCACCAAGCUUGACCAGAUACCCACAGUCCUCUCGAAAUUGACAGAGAGGCAUCCGGACAUUGACUGCGUCGUCUUGAACUCAGGGAUUCAGCGUCGCUGCGAAUGGAGUGAGCCCGAGAGCAUCGAUAUCGCCACAGUCGAGCUGGAAUUUACAACGAACUACUUGGCAUAUCUGGCUCUUACCAAAGAGCUGAUUCCUUUCCUGCGUGGUCGCAAUGUCGAGACCGCCUUGAUUUAUGUCUCAUCGAAUCUCGGCCUCAUCCCCAUACCAGCACGGUCAAAUUACUGUGCAACAAAAGCAGCGCUUCAUCAUUGGAUUCUGUGCUUGAGGACAUCGCUGAAACCUACCAAUAUCAAAGUGAUUGAGAUAUUCCCGCCGGCUGUGCAGACCGAGUUGCACGACGAACGCCAUCAACCCGAUUAUGGUAAGACUGGGAGACAGAUGGGCAUGCCCAUCGAUGAAUUCACUGAGGGUGCCUGGAGUGGCCUCAUUGAGGGCAAAGAUCAGAUUCCCGUCGGUCUCGCCGCGAACGCGUUCAACAGCUUCGAGUUGAAGCGUCAGGAGGCAUACGGUCAGCUUCUCGAGAGGAUGGCAGGGCCCAAGUAG